AUGAUUUUCACCACCAUCUCGGCCGCAGCGUCUAAGGAGGAAGUCCACGGACCUACAAGAAUCCAAGAGGCCAUCCACAUGGCUCAUCCUUUCGAUGCUUCGAGCAUGCAGCCUCCUCGUUCCGCAGGGUACAAGUUGGCUGGAACCGAAUCCUCGGGCUGCAACGAUCUCUUCGACCACUCCAUCCAGCCAUUAUCCUGCCCAGAGACGGUUCAACUAUGGAAUUGCUGUGCAUGCCGUGACGGUCCAACCGCAGUUGCACCGUCGUGCACUAACUGUGGACACUAUCGGUGUGGUGCAUGCCCAGUCAGCUAUGGCCCGAAAUGA